AUGGGCGAUACUGACAAGAAGAUCCAGGCUGAAGCUUUGGCAAUGGCUACGAAUGUUCCAUUGCAAAAGCUGGUCAUGAUUGAACGAGUCGAGGCAUUCCGGACAUACGCGGUAGCCUUGAAGAUCCCUACUUCCUCAGUGUCAUCUGAUGGUGAAGAAGCGCUAUGGUGGGAUCUCGGUGAUCCAUAUCACUAUGUUCGAGUCAUACCCCACAAGCAAGAAGGGUAUAGCCUCCUGGUUGUCGGAGGGAAAGAUGAAAAAGUCGGUCAACACGAGGACUAUGAGGAGAGAUUCAAGCGAUUGGGAUCAUGGGCCAGGGAAAGAUGGACUGCCGCUGGAGAGGUGGAGUACAAAUGGAGUGGCCAGGUCUUGGAUUCUUCAGAUGGGAUUGCCUACAUUGGUCGAAACCCUGGAACGAACGAUGUUUAUGUCCACACUGGUGAUAACGGUGAUGGACUCACCUACGCUGCUAUCGGAGGUCUACUCAUCACCGAUCUCAUUCUCGGUAAAGAGAACUCAUGGGCGCACAAAUUUUCGCCAUCGCGACAACACAGUGGAUCUCACUUGAAGCAAGCUCUGAAGACCUUACCGGAUAUGGUCAAGGAGAAUUUAUCUGAUCAAAUUUACUAUGCCAAAUGGGCAGUGGCAUGUACCAAGACUUUGAAGGAUAUAGAAGAUCUUGUCCCUGGUGAGGGUGAUGUUGUCAGAGUGGGAUUAAGCCCUAUAGCUGUCUACAAGGAUGAAUCCGGCGGAAUUCACAAGAUGACGGCUGUGUGUCCCCACUUGAAAGGUAUCGUCGCCUGGAAUACCGCCGAGAAGUCUUUCGAUUGUCCAGUGCACGGAUCGCGAUUCACCUGUAAAGGUGAAGUGGUCAAUGGACCUGCAAAAGGACCUCUGAAGCCUAAAUAA